CUGUCUUUCCCCUCCAUCGUUUCUCGUUCCAGCGCAGCUCAUUCUUUCAUCUGCUCUAUUCUUUCAUCGCAUAUACACUCGUUUACUAUCUACAUUCGUUUCUAGCUCACCGCAUCCGCUAUGCACAACGGCUACCCUGCAUCUCCUCCCCCGUCAGUCAAACAAGAAGAUGAAGACCAAGUGCCCUUGCCUUGGUACAACCCACGGGGAUGGUCCCGUCGAACAAAGGUAGUUACCGGUAUCGGGAUAAUCGUCGUGAUCAUUGCUGUGAUUGUCGGGGCUGUCGAGGGUACCAGAGCUCGUCGCUAUCCUGACUACAUACCGCUCAAUUACAAGCUGGUCGACACUUAUUCCGGAACGUCAUUUUUUGAUCAAUUCGAUUACUUUUCCAGCGAGGACCCUACCAAUGGAUUUGUGCAUUAUGUCGAUCGACAGACAGCACAGAAUCUCAACCUAACAUAUGCCUCUGAUUCGUCCGUGGUUCUCAAGGUCGACACCUCCGAGAAGAACGCGUCGACUGGCAGGCGAUCUGUCCGCAUUGAGUCAAAGCACAACUACGAUACUGGUCUUUUCAUUUUCGAUAUUCUUCAUACACCCUACGGCUGUGGUACCUGGCCGGCCUUGUGGCUCACAGAUGGAUAUAACUGGCCCAAGAAUGGUGAAAUCGAUAUCCUGGAAGCUAAUAACAGAGGCACAGAGGGCAAUGCAGUCACUUUGCACUCCACGCCUGGCUGUAAUAUGAAAGUAAGGCGGAAACAGACAGGAUUUGCCGAAUUUCUCACUUGCGACAACAGUACCAACAGCAACGCGGGCUGCGGUGUACAGGGCGCACCAGAUACCUAUGGCGAGGAAUUGAACGACAAUCACGGAGGUGUCUACGCUUUGGAACUACGUCUCGCUGGUAUCCGGGCGUGGUUCUUCCCCCGAAACUCUAUUCCAGACGACAUUACAAAUUCAAGUGCUACCCCUGACCCGUCGACAUGGGGAACUGCGCUGGCCGACUUUCCCAACACAAAUUGCGACAUCCCGUCUCAUUUCAACAACCAAAGUAUCAUUGCCAACAUCGAUCUAUGCGGACAGCUUGGUGCACAGCCCCAACUCUAUACAGAGCUGUACAACUGCCCCGGAAAAUGCGAGGAUUUUGUCGCAAACCACCCCCAGAACUUCACGCAGGCGUAUUGGGAGUUUAAGAGUUUCAAGGUUUAUCAAGCGUUUUGAUUUUAUAUGAGGAUUUUACGUAGUGUUUGCUUUGGCGUUCUUUUUGGCUGGGUAUGGGACAGCUCUGGAUGAGCUUAAUGGUAAUGGCUAUAGAUUGAUGAUACCGUUAUAGAUUGAUGAUUAUAUAGUUACCCAGGUGGCUGACUUGCUUGUGGAUUAGUUAGAUACAGGCUUAUGGAAUCUUUUCCACCGAAGUACCGUGAAGCGUAGAUUCUGCAG